GCUUUUCAGAGAACAAGAGUUUUGAAGGCAGGCUCCAGACAGAGUCUCAGAGAAUCCAGAUCGAGACUGAGAUAGGCCAGAAGGUAGAAGCUGCCCUCAGUAAACUACUCCGGGAUUACCAGGAUUUGGAGUUACAUAUUUCUGUGAACAGUAAAGAGAUUGCUAUGCUCCAGAAUAGUUUUGACAUGCUUGAGAAAGAGAAUAUAGUUUACAAGAAACCUACAAAGAAGUCCAUGGGUGAGGACAUAAACUUCUACUGCCUUAUGUGCGCUGCUCCAGUCAAGAAUCUGAGUAAAACUGAAACCGAGGCAGAUGAGAGGCUUGGGAUGGAACUGGAACCCUCUGCAGCUCCAGCAGCCCCUAGGCAGAACCAGGUGACCACUAAUGCCCCAAUACCGGAUCAGAUUAGCAUGGAUAUACAGACAGACUCUCAAUCUUCAGUGCCUUCUUCCACCACUGUGGUAACCACAAAUGGCCCUUCCCAUAUUCUAACUUCGGUACAGUGUUAUGCAACCUUAAGAAGUCAAGUCCUCCGAAUUUGCCAUGAAAAUUCAGAAAGAAUCAUGCAGUGGUUUGAGGCUUACAUAAACCAAGGUCAGGUUUAUAAAGAAGUUGCCAGAUUAAAGGAAGAGCUGGAAAAUGCAAGAUCAGAGAAAACUGUAGCUUUUGAGAGGGCCAAAGUUCUCGAAGAGAGACUCAAAGAGCAGACUGAGCGACUUCAAACUGAAUCCAAGCAGUCACAAGAAACUGAGGCUGCUAGGAGCGAAGUGCUCCGAGAAUAUAGAGCCCUGAAAUAUGAGAUGACCAAGAAGAAUGAGGAGCUGAGCAGUUUGAAGGAUAAUAUUACUAUGAUUGAGAAAAGGAGAAUAGAGGUCGAACAGAGAAAUUCAGGUAUAAGUUAA